ACCGCUGCCCACAAUUAAAAUGGCCGGCGGCGGCCAGUCAUGUGAUGCCGUACAAUCCCGGUGACGUCGUUCUGUAGUAAUUGUUUGCGGAAGUCAGGCGUGUGUUUGGCUUAGAUCUAAGAUUUCGGUAAUUCAUAACGGGGGCUUUAGAGCCUCUGAGAGUGGCUGUGAAGAAAAUGGCCAUAGAGCCAAGGACUCUGCAUCUAGAAGAAUGGAAUAUUGGCAGAAGGAAAUUCAGAUAUCUGUUCAUAUGCUCAGACUGCUCUUUUAAAUUGUGCGGAGGGAACCAAACAGAGGUUUGUAUGGAUAAUAUGAUCCCUGUAUUUCUGGGUGCUGAUGUUGUUGCACAAACGGGCAUUAGAACAGAAAACCACCCAAAACUUCAUGCAAAGUUCUCUAAGAAAGGCUUAGCAGCCAGACUUAACUUCAGCACUGACUUCAAGUUUGACAGGCUGCGACUUCCCAGUGGAAUCAAUACUUUGUGGUUUUACAGCAUUCAAGGAGUAUUUAGAGUGGCUUUUGACCUGUACGACAGAGAGGACCAACUAGCAGUCAUUGAAAACUUACAGAUUCUCUGGAAGAGUCGAAUCAAGGAUGAUCCUCUAGAGAAGGAAUAUAUCCUAAAGAACUGUCUUUCAAACCCAGAUUCAACAGAAAAAUCCACUCUGCAACUGCAAUACCAAGCAGAGGAAGAGAGACACUUGUGCAGUCAGUCUCCUGAUUAUUCAAAUGACCCACAUAGGAAUCCGCACAGUAUUCAUUUUAUUCCAGACAUUACAGAACAUAAUUACUGUUUCACUGAUGGUUUUGGUUCAAGUUCUAGUCGUUGGGAGGAGACAGCAGGCAGUGACUUGGUCUUUCAGAAGAUAAAGGCAUUAUUGCGAACUUCUACUAAUGAAUCUGUUGGCCUAAAUGAUCAAAUGAAGACUUCAGUCCUAAUGUUACUAGAUGUCAUAGAACAAGUAAUCCAUGGGCUGCAAAACUUUGAUAAAAUGACAUCAAGCAUAGUGCAACUUUUAGAUGCAGCAAGUUUCUUCUUUGAGGAAACCAACUCAGGCCAUGAAACCCAAUCUGUGUACGAAAAUCACUUGCUCUUUGAGGUUAGCAGCUGGCUUGGCAGUAGAUUCCAGCAUGAGAAUGAAUGCAUAAGCAGACAAGUGGAGGAGUUUAAAAGGAAACAUAUUGACCAUAUCUCUGACCUGCCUCCUGCACAGGAACUUGUAGCUGCUCUCUUUCCCAAGGCCAUGAAGAUUCUUUUCUUGAACUGGAUGGGGUUGUCUGAUGAAACAAAACUCCAGAGCGAAUAUCCAAUCUUGCUCCUAAUGUUAGAAUUUGUUAACCGUAAUCUAAUUACAGGCGUUGCUCAUGUUUUAUAUUCUACGCUUAUCUGUAAAUAGAGCAAAUGGGCUGUACAUCCCAAUUUCUUCAUAAAUAUUAGUGCACAUUAUUUUAUAUCAAGUUAAUAAAAACUAAAAUCUG